AUGAUAUAUCUUGACCAAGUUAUCCAGGAAGUUUUGCGCCUUCACCUGUUCAGCCCAUAUACCCGCUUAGUGACUGAACCUUACACAAUACCCGGAACACAAAUUACCUUGGAGAGAGGAAUGUUGGUGUUCAUCCCCGUGUCCGCCAUUCACAGGGAUCCCCAGUACUACCCCUCACCGGAGCAGUUCAACCCCGAUCGGUUUGCCGGCAACAACUACAAGCCGAGUGCCACGUUCUUGCCGUUUGGCCAUGGACCUAAGAUCUGCAUCGCUGUCAAGUUCGCCAUGCUCAUCGUCAAGGUCUGCCUCGCUAGAAUCCUCUCCAGUUAUUACAAUCCGGCUUAG